GGGUGGCGCUCGUGCUGAGGAAAGCUCAACCGCCGGGGCGCGAGGCGGGAAAGGGGGUGAGGGCGCAUGCGUGGGAGCCGCUGGCUGCAGCGCUAGGAUGGGGAUUUGCCCGCGCAGUACCGAGGAGCAGCGUUAGCGGGCGGAGAUGGCCACUCACUCCAUGCACUGGUUCCGCAAGGGGCUGCGGCUGCACGAUAACCCGGCGCUGAGGGAGGCUCUGCGCGGAGCGAGUACUGUCUGCUGCGUCUACAUCCUCGACCCUUGGUUCGCUGGCUCGUCCAACGUUGGUGUGAACCGCUGGAGAUUCCUGCUGCAGUGCCUAGAAGAUCUAGAUGCUCGUCUUCGAGAGCUGAACUUGCGGUUGUUCGUUAUACGUGGGCAACCUGCUGACGUCUUUCCUAGACUUUUCAAGGAAUGGAAUAUUAAUCGUUUAACAUUUGAGUAUGAUUCUGAGCCAUUUGGCAAGGAGCGAGAUGCAGCCAUCAAGAAGCUGGCUAGUGAAGCUGGAGUGGAGGUCAUUGUCAAGAUUUCACACACAUUGUAUGAUUUGGAUAAAAUAAUUGAGUUGAAUGAUGGACAACCCCCAUUAACAUAUAAACGAUUCCAGACACUGAUAAGUCAAAUGGAUCCUCCAGAGCCACCAGUGGAAACAAUUGAUCAAGGAAGUCUUGGAAAAUGUACAAUAUUGGUGCUCGAUGAUCACAAUGAAAAAUAUGGAGUCCCAUCGCUGGAGGAACUUGGUUUUGAUACAGAAGGUCUAAAUCCAGCUGUGUGGCCAGGUGGAGAAACUGAGGCUCUAACUCGACUUGAAAGGCAUUUAGAAAGGAAGGCUUGGGUAGCAAGCUUUGAGAGGCCCAGAAUGAAUGCCUUUUCACUGCUGGCAAGUCCUACAGGGCUCAGUCCUUAUCUUCGAUUUGGUUGUCUGUCCUGUCGGCUCUUCUAUUUCAAGCUAACAGAUUUGUAUAAAAAGGUGAAGAAGAAUGGUUCACCAGCACUCUCUCUCUAUGGCCAGCUUCUGUGGCGUGAGUUUUUCUACACGGCAGCAACAAAUAACCCAAACUUUGAUAAGAUGGAGGGAAAUCCAAUCUGCAUGCGUAUACCUUGGGAUAAGAAUCCAGUCUCUCUAGCUAAGUGGGCAGAAGGAAAAACUGGCUAUCCAUGGAUUGAUGCUAUUAUGACACAGCUACGUCAGGAAGGUUGGAUCCAUCACCUGGCUCGACAUGCUGUGGCAUGCUUCCUAACACGAGGGGAUCUCUGGAUCAGUUGGGAGGAAGGAAUGAAGGUGUUUGAGGAGCUGCUUUUGGAUGCAGACUGGAGUGUGAAUGCUGGCAGCUGGAUGUGGCUGUCCUGUAGCUCCUUCUUCCAACAAUUUUUUCAUUGCUAUUGCCCAGUUGGCUUUGGACGCAGAACAGACCCCAAUGGAGACUAUGUAAGACGUUACUUGCCAAUUCUUAAAGAAUUUCCUACAAAGUAUAUCUACGAUCCAUGGAACGCUCCUGAAUCUGUGCAGAUUGCUGCUAAAUGCAUUAUUGGGGUGCAUUAUCCAAAGCCCAUGGUGAUACAUGCAGAGGCUAGUCGGCUUAACAUUGAGAGAAUGAAGCAGAUUUACCAGCAACUUUCGCGCUAUAGGGGACUUGGUCUACUUGCAUCUGUGCCUUCAAACCAAAGUGGAAAUGGAGGAAUAAUGUACUCUUUGGGAGAUCAAGUACCUGAGAACACUGGCGUGGUUCAAAGUUGUGCAGGUGGAGCAAUGACUGCCAAGCGUGGAUUGGAACAUGAUAAUGGUGCUGCUGAUGCAGUCGAAUCUUCAGCACAAAAGUUCCGUCGUCAGAGCGAUGAUAACAACAAAGUUGUCCAGAGUCCACACUUUGUGUCUUACUGAUGUGAUUUAAUUUAUUACUGGAGCAGUCGGCAAGAGGACAGACAUCCAAUUGUUUGUGUUAGAUUUUAAAUAUGGUGUGUAGAAUACUGUGGCUUACUUCAGUUAUGUGAAAAUUCAAUGUACAACUUGACUAUGGUCUCUUAGGAUAUUUUUAAUAUUUUGUAACCUUUAGCAUCUUAAUGUUUUAAUGUUUCAGAGGUCUAAUAAUUUGCUUUUUCUACUUCAGUCACCAAUUACCAUCCAUGUCGCAGGUCUGCAUAUCUGGAGCAGAUUUGUGGAACUGCUCUUGUAUGUGGAGAGACUGCACCUUUAUUAUAACAGCACAGCCUCUGGGAUGGGUACCUGAAAAAAUUGAAAAUGCUUUUGCUUCUUUGAUGAAAUCGAGUUACUGCGUCGUUUCCAGAUCUCUUUUGUGUUUCCAUUUCAAACCAACAUUUACUCUUGGAUGCAGUUUUAAUUUUUUUUAAAUUCCUAUAUUUGAAGACUCGCCAAACCUAGGAUGAGCAAUGAUGGAAAAAGUCAAGAUGGAAUCAAGCACCAAUAAUGUACAGUGAUCACAGCUGACAGGGAGCUGAAGUUACGGGUCCUAUUCCUCUAAAACAAGUCUUGCAUUUCUUCAACAGUGGGAUGUUAAUGGGCAUGGGAAAGAGAAUGGGUUACAGUGAAAUAAGUGGGAGCAUGAGAUUGCACUCAGCGCAAGUAUAGACUUAGUGGGCUGAAUGGGCUCCCAUGUUGUACGUGAAUGACAUUGUGAUUUACUGCACAGUAGAUUACAGGGGGAGCAUGUUAGCUUAAGUGAACCAAGCAUCAGCAAAGGAGUGCAAUGUCCAAGGCAGUUAGAAGGUCACAAAACAAGUUUCUUUUUCACAUCUUAUUGCAUUUUGGAUGUGCCCUUUUUCCAUUCAGGUAGAUAUCUUUGCCCCCCCACCACCCAAGAGUUAAAGAUGCUGAUCAUUUUUUUCCCAUUUUUACUUUAGUUUCUAUGUGUAUGAAUUUUGGAAAAUGUAUUUUUAUUGCACCAUUGUGUCUUGGACUGUUUUACAAUGUUACUGAGGAAAAACUGACACCAAGCCAUAUAUAAACGAAAAACUGAGGGCUGAGAAAUGAUGUUGGUUGAAUGGAUGGGUUUGGAGGUAUCUGGGGAGGAGAGAGACAGAGGUUUUUGGAGUAAGUUCUGGGGCCAAGACAUCUGAAUGUAUAACCACCAGCACCAGAGUACAGAUAACUGGAAAUGCAUAUGGGACCAAAAUAGGAGCACAGGUGUUGAUGAAGACUGGAGGUGCAAGGUUGGGAUGACACUGGGAUGAGCAUCUGGGUUCACCUGUAACAAACUUUGAAGCUCUUGUGUGAAUUAGCAGUCUGUUUUACAUUCCCAGUGUAAAAUGGACAUUAGUAUACCUUAACCCUUUGGUUAUGGCACUCCCCACCCUGCUGAAUGAGCUAGUGUGCCUUAACGCAAUGUGCGAUCACAUCUUCAUUCAGCAAACCAUCAGGGGAGCUUCUUUUCUCUUGCUGAUGCUCUAUCAUUUAAAACACACACACAGUGACAGAAUCCAUAAUUACAGCAUGAAAACAUGUCAGCAAAAAAGUUUGAGACGGAAGACCCCAGCUGGAUCCAGAGCACCUGAGAUGUAUAUAAAACCUAUUUUUGUCCUAACAAAUGCUAUUUUUGUAAAUGGUUACACACAAAGUUUGGAACAAAGUGGGGUCAUACCAGACAUUGAAAUCAUUGAAAAUAAAGCAUAUCUUGGUUUCUUUGGCA